CCCAUCAGCGCGCGGAGCGGGGUUGGGGCUGUCAGGCGGGCGGGGCCGCCUAGGACCCUGGAGGGGCCGAUCUUCUCGCGCUGUAGAGCCUCCUCUCCCACCUCUCUCCCUCCGGGGUUUGGCAUCCCUCGGGGAGCAAGAAGCCCCCUCCAGCCCUGACAGCGGGCUGGGCAGGCGGUGCGGUCGGGCCCGGGGGCGGAUGCUCGCGGGUGGGCCGGGCCGGCCGGCUGCGGGGGAGGCGGGCUGCGUUAUUUCCCGCUAGGGCCAGACUCCGGGAGGGACUGGCCUGCACCGUGCUCUCGGCCCCAGCCAGCGCGCGCCGCCCCUCGGGCAGGGCCUGGAGGCGAGCGAGGAGGCGGCGCGGCAUUCCGGGCCUCGGGCCGGGCGCGUGAGCGGGCCGGGGCCGGAGCCGGGCCGACGCCCCAGCGGCGCCUCUCCCACGCUCGUGGCCCCUCCCCCUCCCUUCCUUCCUUCCCCUCGGAUCUCCCGGGAGCGGCGGGCGGACGCGAGCCGCGGCGGGCGCCCGAGCUUUGUGCGCGCCCGCGGGUCCGGGGCGAGCUUCGGGCGGCCCAACUUGGCGGCGGCCGGCGGGCUCCCGGGAGGGAGUUGUGAGGCGUGGCCGGGUGGAGGAGGCGCCUGGGGGGGCGUGGGGCUCCCGGCGAGCGGGAGGGACAGAGCGAGGCGCGCCGGACAAUGAGCUGGGCAGCUCGGCGCUGCGGCCACUUUUAGGGGGGCGCGGGCCGCCCGGCGCCUCCGCGGCUCCACCUGCGAGGAGAGGGCGGGAUGCCAAAGCUGGGUGUCCCGGCGCUCUGAGGCUGCUCGCAGUUAGACGUCCCUGAGCCGGUGCUCGCCUUGACCCUGGGCUACCUGCAGGCUUUGGCUGGGACGUGUUUCGUGGGGGCGCCCCUGGAGCAGCCGUGAUGGCCAGCACCAGGAGUAUCGAGCUGGAACACUUUGAGGAACGGGACAAAAGGCCGCGGCCGGGGUCGCGGAGAGGGGCGCCCAGCUCCUCGGGGGGCAGCAGCAGCUCCGGCCCCAAGGGGAACGGGCUCAUCCCCAGCCCGGCGCACAGUGCCCACUGCAGCUUCUACCGUACGCGGACCCUGCAGGCCCUGAGCUCGGAGAAGAAGGCCAAGAAGGCGCGCUUCUACCGGAAUGGGGACCGCUACUUCAAGGGCCUGGUGUUUGCCAUCUCCAGCGACCGCUUCCGGUCCUUCGAUGCGCUGCUUAUGGAGCUCACCCGCUCCCUGUCGGACAACGUGAACCUGCCCCAGGGUGUCCGCACCAUCUACACCAUCGACGGCAGCCGGAAGGUCACCAGCCUGGACGAGCUGCUGGAAGGUGAGAGUUACGUGUGUGCGUCGAAUGAACCAUUUCGUAAAGUUGAUUACACCAAAAACAUUAAUCCAAACUGGUCUGUGAACAUCAAGGGUGGGACCACCCGAGCCGUGGCUGCCCCCUCCUCAGUGAAGAGUGAAGUGAAGGAAAGUAAAGAUUUCAUCAAACCCAAAUUAGUGACUGUGAUUCGAAGUGGAGUGAAGCCUAGAAAAGCAGUGCGGAUCCUUCUGAAUAAGAAGACUGCUCAUUCCUUCGAACAGGUCUUAACAGAUAUCACCGAAGCCAUUAAACUGGACUCAGGAGUGGUGAAGAGGCUCUGCACGCUGGACGGGAAGCAGGUUACUUGUCUGCAAGACUUUUUUGGUGAUGAUGAUGUUUUUAUUGCAUGUGGACCUGAAAAAUUCCGUUACGCCCAAGAUGACUUUGUCCUGGAUCACAGUGAAUGCCGCGUCUUGAAGUCAUCUUAUUCUCGCUCCUCAGCUGUUAAGUAUUCUGGAUCCAAGAGCCCUGGGCCUUCUCGACGCAGCAAAUCACCAGCUUCAGUAAAGAGGGGUGGCCACUACUCCAGGGCCUACUCUACGGCCAAAUCCCCAGUUAAUGGGACUCCCAGCAGCCAGCUUUCCACUCCUAAAUCUACGAAAUCCUCCAGUUCCUCUCCAACUAGCCCAGGAAGUUUCAGAGGAUUAAAGCAGAUUUCUGCACAUGGCCGAUCUUCUUCCAAUGUAAAUGGCGGGCCUGAACUUGAUCGUUGCAUGAGUCCUGAAGGUGUGAAUGGAAACAGGUGCUCUGAAUCGUCACCUCUUCUUGAGAAGUACAAAAUCGGGAAGGUUAUUGGUGAUGGCAACUUUGCAGUAGUCAAAGAGUGCAUGGACAGGUCCACAGGAAAGGAGUUUGCCCUAAAGAUUAUAGACAAAGCCAAAUGUUGUGGAAAGGAGCAUCUGAUUGAGAACGAAGUGUCGAUACUGCGCAGAGUGAAACAUCCAAAUAUCAUCAUGCUGGUUGAGGAGAUGGAAACAGCUACUGAGCUUUUUCUGGUGAUGGAAUUGGUCAAAGGUGGAGAUCUCUUUGAUGCAAUUACUUCUUCAACCAAGUACACUGAGAGAGAUGGCAGUGCCAUGGUGUACAACCUGGCCAACGCCCUCAGGUACCUCCAUGCCCUCAGCAUUGUACACAGAGACAUCAAGCCAGAGAACCUCUUGGUGUGUGAAUAUCCUGAUGGGACCAAGUCUUUGAAACUGGGAGACUUCGGGCUGGCCACUGUGGUAGAAGGCCCUUUAUACACAGUCUGUGGCACCCCGACUUAUGUGGCCCCAGAAAUCAUUGCUGAAACCGGCUAUGGCCUGAAGGUGGACAUUUGGGCAGCUGGCGUGAUCACGUACAUACUGCUCUGUGGAUUCCCACCCUUCCGAAGUGAGAACAAUCUCCAGGAAGAUCUCUUCGACCAGAUCUUGGCUGGGAAGCUAGAGUUUCCGGCCCCCUACUGGGACAACAUCACAGACUCAGCCAAGGAAUUAAUCAGUCAAAUGCUUCAGGUAAACGUUGAAGCGCGGUGCACUGCGGGACAGAUCCUGAGUCACCCCUGGGUAUCAGACGAUGCCUCCCAGGAGAAUAAUAUGCAGGCUGAAGUAACAGGUAAACUCAAACAGCACUUUAAUAACGCGCUCCCCAAACAGAACAGCACCACCACCGGGGUCUCCGUUAUCAUGGUAAGUAGAACGGGUGGUUCUGCCCUUGGGCAGCUGCAGCGUCUGGCUCACUGCUCGGCGACAUCGAAUCUUAUCAAGUCAGCCGCCAGGCGCUUCCCUCACGCGGCCGUGGGUGCUGUCGUGUUCCUCUCCACUUCAGGAAUGGCUUGGCACGUGAAGGGCACCCUUUGGCCGGCUCCCAGGCCUCGGGUCCUGGGAUCAGAGGUUGCGCAGGUCCCAGCAAGGCCAGGCUGAUGGGCCCCUGGCCGGGGCGUCCCAGCCUCUUCUCCUGGGCUUGGUGGCCUCCAGGCAGCUGCUUCUGUCUCAUCCCUGCUUUCCCGUCUAGAGAGCGGUUCCCAAGCCCAGGUGGCCCUUACAGCAAAAGGAAGUGACUCCCUGACUACUCAAGGCCUCAGAAAGAGAUUAUUUGAGCUUUGAAUGAUUCUUUGGAACUUGGGAUAAGAAACAGCCAGAGUUAAGCAAAUUCCAUUUUAAAAAGUCAGUGUUUUGUGUUUUUUAAAAGUUCAGAAGAAUGAAAAAAAUGUAUUAGUUUUUUCAGGGUUAGUAAAAUUGUACGAGAAGUCAGUAACAGUGAUCCCCAUAUUUUUUCAAAUCCUUCUUCCAAAAUGUUUUUAAAAAGGCAGCUUACCUGAAUCCACAAACAUAGCAGAUGAAAAGUGGCAUUAAAAUAAGUGAAGCAGCAUGAAAGUAAGUUCAGCAAAUGGGAGAAGAAGGCAGAAAAAAUAAAACUGAGCCAGAAGCGUGGCACGCACCCUCCCACCAGCUGUCCAGACCCAAGUCCUCGCCCAAGUGGGGCCGUGAAACUGGCCCCCGGCGUGUCCGCACCUGCUCCGGUGCCGUGUGUAGAGCACGGGUCCUCGGCGUGAUCUCCGUCCCGCGCACAGGAUCAGGGAGCCGCGGCCGGGAGUCUGGCUUUCUCCGGAGGCGGGGGCCUGAGCUGGGUCUUGGCCACCCCAGUACUGCGGGGAUCUGUGGAGCCGGACAGCUCCGUCACCCUGACCUCAGGACAGGCCCUCACCCUCUGGAAAGGCUCGAUGUCCUAGCGACUGGGAGGAAAGCAGUUGCUUAUUCUCAGGGCGCACCGUAGCCUCGGAAGCUUCCCAGCGAGGACGCGGGUCCAGGCAGAGGCAGAGAGAAGCCCCGCCCCCUCGUGAGUGCGGGAGGCGGGCUGCUCCUGGAGCCUCCACCACCGUCCUGGCACCGCCGCACCGUCCUCCUCCCCCUGGGUGGGUGGCGGCGCUCCCCGCUCCAGCCCCCAGGCCAGGCUUGCAGGCUGAUGUGCUGCCGGACUCGCGAGUGGGGGUGAUGAUGGACUCCGGGCCGAAAGAGCGGGAAGGCCUCUUGAGCUGUAGUUUUCCUGGCGUCUCAGCAGUGUUCUGCAGAGAGCCUGAGAAAGUCAGAGUUGUCACGGAGUGUCAGCUUAAACCCUUUGCAAAGAACCAUCUUGACUGAGCAUGAGAAAGUUCUCAGGCGGUUCACCCUUGAGAGCAAGGCUGCCGGCUGGGGUAAGGGGUCACCGCCCUGCCUCCGGCUGCGUUGUUAGGCAGCUUCUGGGGAAAUUUACAAAAAUUUAAAAUUUAAAAAAUUUAAAAUUAAAAAAUGCGCCCAGGGCUUACGGCAGCUCUCCCUUCAUUCCCUGGGUCACCCGUCAACUCACGGCCCAGAUGGGAAUGGAUGGCCCAAGGCCUGUGGCCCACCAAGGUUCUGGAAUGAUCAGCCCUUCUGCCUUUUGGCCCAGUAUAGGCUCUGUUCUGGUUAAGGACGUUUAGGUUCUCUCAGACAGAAACUACAUCUCCCGGUUUACACAUGGCAUUUUUCCAUUUGCUGAUGGAUUUCAACUGUUAAAUUUCAAACUCCUGAGCUUUAACUGGAUGUUUGUGUGAAUGAACAAUGCUUUAUUGUGAUUCCAGCGGUGAUUGUGAAAGUUGUGUGUUCCCGUGUGUGUUCAGUGUCAUCUUGGGCAUGUUGGUAGGGUUCCAUCUAACCCCGCAUUCCGUACACAACUCCACAGCUCGUUAGCUCUGGGGAGGUGCUGACAACGUCAUCACGCUCACUGCCUACGGGGGAAUCAGUAGAGCCUGCCUCUGGGGGUACCAGUUCUCCAUGGCCAAAAAGCUGGCCUGUGAAUUCUGGCUUGUCCCCCUGAGCAGCGGUGAGCAGGCCUCCGCAGGGAUGUCAUACUCAUCCUUCCCCGACCGAGGACCUGGCGUGGUUGCGUCCGGGCAGCUCGCAAGGCUUCUGUGUCGUCUGCCUCGCUCUCUUCACCAGUACUGUGCGUCUUUGUGUCCUGCCCUUGGGAACAGUUUCAAAUGUUUUCUUAAAAAUCAUUAUUCACAAAUGAGUCUCCCUGGUAUUUAUAUGUUCUCAUAACUGGGGUAUGUGAGGCUCAUGUGGUUUCCUACAGAUACAAAUAGCAGUGGAAACAGGGCAUAAAUGUUCCGAGGCGGAGCCCUCAGGAACGGCUGUGUCGCUCCCAGACGGAACCUUGCUCUCCGCUGCCACCCCUAGUGUUCUCUCUGCCUUGGCCCCCCACGCCCCCCAAAGGAUUGGAGCCUGAGGCUCUGGUGAGAAAAUGAUAGGGUAGGAAUGGUAAAUAACGGUGCAAGAAAGUCAAGUUGAUGCUGUUGUCUGCAUUUUGUUUGACAGUUUGAUUUGACAGUUUGAGAGACACUUCAGAGUUUCACUCUGUACCCCGUUGAGACUCUGGGGACCCCGGAGCAGAAUUCUGGUAUUCAACAUGCUAUGCUUCAUCAGAGCCGCCUCUAAUUGUCACCCCUCUUAAAUCUGCAUGCUUCUCUUGGACUUUGACACCAGCAUCCAGCUCUCAGCUCCUCAUGGGUGCAGGUCUCCUGUACCUACUGACACCCGUUUCAGCCAAACGCAGCCUUGGAAACUUUACUUAAAACUUCUCGCCUUGCCACGUUGCCUUCCUUCCCAGACCAAAAGCUGGCGAGUGCACGGGAGGAGAACUCCAGUCGUUCUCCUGCUAAAGGCUGUUUUUCACUUAGGUGAAAAAGCAUCUUUCUGUGAAUGAGAGCAUAAGAUGGGGACCUUUGUGAAGGCUUUUGUUCUCUUUCUGCAAAUACAUUUCCAAAGAUGCAUUUUUAGCAGUAAGACAGUGUAGGGUCAGCUAGGCUUUGGGAUAGGAGAACACGAUUGGAUAGGAUUUUGGUUUAAGACGGGCCUGUGGUUUCAGAAUGCACUUGCAUUUGCUCUGGCUUAUCCUUAGAUGCUUAAGAAAGGACCGUGCACCUGCAGAGGGGGCUCACCACCUCGCCCAGAAGAGGCCAUCUCGUGGUGGGAAAGGGAAUGAUAAGAAACCCCUUCUCGCUGCAUUUUGCAGCCUUGUAGCUGACCGGAGAAAGGAUGGAUUCAAAAAGAGUGCUUCCCCACUCGGGGAUUAUGCUUCUUUCAGGGGGGAAGUUGGGAAGGAUUUGGGCUUAAGAUAGACAAAACUGUUUCGACUGUGUUGCUUCUGUUGAAAGUAAGUCUAGUUUCUGUCCCCGCUUCUCUCCUCGCCCCUCUUGCCUCUCACGCCGCCUGCAUUGCUUUCCUCUGACUAGGUCCCAGGCGAUGGUAUGUACUAACUGCACAGCAGUGCUUCCUUCCGCUGCACACAGCGUCUUCUUGACGGGAAGGGAAGAGGAGAAAUAACUGCGGGACUGUUGCUUUCUUCUACCCAGGGGAAGUUUUAUGGUAGAAAAAAGUGAAUGCCACCUCUCCCCGCUUUCAGUGUUUUCACUGAGGGGUGGCCUGGCCUCUGCUCAUACUGGGAGCUUGGUAGCUUGUUAAAGAGCGAUGCUGAGUUUCUGAUUUGGCUUGUCCACAGUUACCUCUUCUCCAGGUAACGGAAAUUGUCCUUGGCAAUCCCUGAGCGUUCAGCCCGAGCUGGGAAGGGCCUGUGGAGAGCACCUGUCUUCCAGUUGACACCAAGUGCCCCAAAGGCAGCCGCCCAAGUCUGUCCUAGGAAGCCCCAUUGUUCAUAUUUUCUCCAGACGUUUUUUUCCUUCCAGUAAGAGUACUGGAAGAAUCAGUGGUGCAUUUCCCCCUCAAGGUGGUUAGACCACAAAAGGACUUCUGGUCCACGUGCCUUGUAGCUAAAGGUGCCUGAGAACCGAAAGCUCCGCAUGUUUGGAAAACCCAGUGAGAGGGCUGCUGGCCGGGCCUGCCUGGCCAAGCAGAAGUCCGCAAGCCCACUCAGAGGAGGAGGAAGGCAGGUCAGGGCCAACCUCCCAGGCUAGGGUCAGGAGGUAAGACGACUUCUGCGCCCCUGGAGCAGGGGAGCAGGUUAAAGCCCUUGGGGAUGUGACAGGAUAAGACACCCACACAAAGAAGAGAAGAGCAGGGAGGAGAUGGUGGAGGAUGGAAAGAUGGGUAAUGCAGCACCAUCGAUUCCCAGGGCUUCCAUAGGUUACGGGGCACCGGUGUGAUGCAGGGGUGGGAGGUACUUACUAUAGAUGACCUGUGAGUAUUCUUCGAAUCCCCGACGGGGAACCUUUAGAAGAGUUAGCUGUCAGGGACCUCGCAUUCUUACGGGGUUUGCUUCUUGUCCAGGACUCUUCUGGGCUCAGGGGCGUGGGGAGAAGCGCCCCGAACCCAGGCAGCUGGGAGCCGGAGCCGGGGAGGAUCUGCCCAGGCCGCGUCCAGGGCAGUAGGAGCAGAGGCCGCGGCGCCGGGGACGGGCUGGCCCUUGGGCUGCCAUCGGGGGCAGCCGGGCGUUACUUCUCCUCUACUGUUCCCGCCGUGCAUGCUCUGCGCGCCCUGCUCGCGGUGCCGGGACCGAGGCGGCGGGCUAACUGUCUCCUGAUCUCUUCUCAGAACACGGCUCUAGAUAAGGAGGGCCAGAUCUUCGGCAGCAAGCUCGGCGCGGACGGCAGCCGGCCCGGCCUGGAGCCCGCUGUCCCGGAGCCCCCUGCCCCGGAGCCCUCUGCGUCCCCCGAGUCGCCCCCGCGCUCUCCUGCC